GUUUUCAGUUUGAAUACACAGUGAUUAAAAUCUAGACGAUGGAUGUUAGUCUCAUCUCGGCGCUUGGCUGUAACUGACGAGUAAUAAUGGGCUGCGUGUAUUUAAUACUGCUUGUUAGUUUGGUGAGAGCUACUGUUGCGGAUCUCUAUCCAGUACUGUCGGGUUUGGAUGAAGAUCUACCGGAGAAUUCUUUUAUGCCGAAUGAGCGAGCUACAAUCGAUGACUGUCACUUACGUCACUACAGGCAUGGAAACACUGGUAUAGUAGGACCGGCGUUUGCUAAGCCGGCCUUUUUAACGGAGUUUGCACACAUUGGAGCCAUCGGUUGGACUCAACCGGACGGCAAGAUUAUAUGGGGUUGUGGUGGCUCAUUGAUAUGGAACAACUUCAUUAUCACCGCCGCUCAUUGCACAGCGAAUGAUGAUAAUGUUUCCCCAGAUGUAGUUCGCUUCGGAGAUCUGAACAUAUACAGCGAUGAAGAUGAUAGGUACGCACAACAGUUAACGAUCGUGAGCAUCAUUCGUCAUCCCAAGUACAGUUUUAGUGCCAGAUAUUAUGACAUAGCGCUGAUGAAGUUAGAGCACAAUGUCUCUGUGCACGAGACAGUUGCACCCGCUUGUCUAUGGCUAGACAAAGAAGUCCGGUUUAAGGAACUAGAAUCAGCCGGAUGGGGACAGACAGGAUUUGGUGAAUCUCCAACACCCAUUCUUUUAAAAAUUACUUUGAAACCGAUGAGCAAUGAGAAUUGCACCGAACAUUACACAUCCACUACCGUUCGAGGUUUGCAAAGAGGGCUUGAUCAGCAUCAUAUUUGUGCUGGAGAUGCUAAGAUGGACACAUGUUUGGGUGAUUCUGGAGGUCCUCUUCAUAUACGGCUACAGCAUAAUUACAAAGUAACGCCUUUCCUGGUAGGCCUAACCUCAUUUGGGCGACCUUGUGGACAAUCUCACCCAGGAGUGUACACCCGGAUAGCACCGUUUCGGUCAUGGAUUGUGGAAACACUGCAGAAAAACGGACUGACAGGACUGAGGAACAGUGACUUUGAUCCUGCCGACUGUGCUUUACGUCACGUUGCAAUACGACAGUUGGCUAUUUCGAACGUCGUAACUAACCAGUCCGGUGUGUUCGAAUCAUUCGAUAUACAGCGAGAGUAUAUUUCGCGCGAUUAUGUAGGGGAAAAAGUGCAGCUUAAAUGGCCUGAUACAGUUACACCCCAGAAAAACAAUUGUAUGGGCUCCAUUAUUGAUCACAACAUAGUGGUUACGUUGGGUGAUUGUACCUCGCAUACAGGAUUGCAACCAUCGCAUGUAUUACAUGCUGAAAGAACCGACAUUUGGGUACGGGACACUCCAGUUCUAGAUGAAAAGUUGUACAAUGUGAUCGAGAUACACUUGCAUCCAAACUAUAUUAACGGUUCCUACUACAACAAUAUAGCGAUCUUAAAGAUCGAUCGAUCAUUUAACAGUCUACCGGCUUGCAUUUGGAAUGCUCCAAAUCUACCAGAUCCGUUGAUCGAAGUAGCUACUGUUGGGAGAGUUGACUUGAUUAUAUAUCAGUACAAAGGAAACACCAUAUAUGAUCCCAGCUAUGCGUCGCUAACUCCCCGAGUUUACGCAUACGACAAUACAAACUGUUUACUUGCAGAUCAAUAUAAAAAAAAUCUGGUCGAAGGACUUGCACAUCAGCACCUGUGCUUUGGUAAUGACCCAUUUCUGGUGCCUGAAGUGUGUAACCUUACCAGUGGUGGACCGCUUCAACGUUCAGUUUUUCGCCUUCAACGCCAUUACAAGCAUGUGUACGGAAUUAGCCUUUUUGGAAGAGAUUGUGGUUACGGCGAACCUGCAGUAGCUAUUCGACUGCAUGCUCAUAUGAACUGGCUAGAGUCGGUGCUUUUACCCGCCAAAUUGCCAAGCCAAAAUUCUCACUCUCUAGAUGCUGUUCAAUUCAUCAACUCCGAUCUGGAAUUGUUUGAUCGCUGUGAUUUUUACGAUGAGUCGGUUGGACUUUGUGUUCCCACUGAACGUUGUAGACGAGUUCGGCAACGCUUAGAACAAAAUGAAGCCAUGAUAUUCUGUGGGAAUGGGACGAUCAUAUGCUGCCUACCUAAGGACGUCUUGGAUGAUGAACAGCUGCUUAACGAUGAAGAUCAACAGUUAGAAGAUUGUGAAAAUCGUUUCGAGUCAUUCCGUCGGCGAAAUUUUCUUAGUAGUGCGGAGCAGCCUCAACCGAAGCCACAUAUAGCGGAGGUAGUUUGGAUGAAUGAAAAGACUGGUGCUCAAUAUACACUAUGUUUGGGUUACCUCAUAACCACUGGAACUGUAAUUACGAGCGCUGCGUGCACCGAGAUUGUAAACCGCAAACCCAAUAUGUUGUUAUUUGGUACCAUCCGGAGUCAAUAUGAAGAUUUUCCUAUUCGAGCACCAAUUGCAACUAUUAUUCGCCAUCCACAGUAUGAGUCUGCUACAGGAGCAAAUAAUCUUGCUCUAAUAAAACUAAGCGAUCCCAUAAAACCCACCGCAGCGAUCUUCCCCGGUUGUUUGUGGAGAAACAAAACACACACACCGUUGGUGGCAACACUACAGACCUUUGUUCAAUCACAACUACGGCAAUCAUCUGUGCAUCCCGUCUACGAUUCUGAUUGCAAGCGGUACGUAAAAACGUCAUUGCACGGUGGGGAAUUUUGUAUGCAUUCUACGACCUCGCAAUCAACAAACACAGCGGGUCUUAUCGUUUGGCGUGGAAAAGGAACCAAAAACGCUCCGGUUGAGUAUUUGAUCGGGGUAUACAGCCGUGGUGGCAACUAUGAAGCUGACGAGCCGCUGAUUAAUAGCCGUAUUUCGGAAUAUGUUCCAUGGAUAAUAGAUAACCUUUACACUGAAUCAUGUACGAUCAACAACAGAUCAGUGAUAAUGGCGUGUGAUUGGGCUCUGCUGGUAGUGCUAAUUGUUGCAGUUUUACCGUAUUGUACUUGCAAAUUGUACCCGAUCAGACCUCGAUUACCUGAAGAUGAGAUGGAUAUGAUGUUAGCGAAUGAUAGAAUAUCUCUAAACGAUUGUCACACAAGAAACUGGAAAGACGGGUUCGAGGGGUUAGUGGCACCGGCAUACGGAAAUCCUGCACUGUUACGCGAGUUCGCUCAUAUCGCCGCGAUCGGCUGGACGGGAGCUGACGGUAAAGUGAACUGGGGCUGCGGUGGAUCACUGAUAUGGGAGAACUUCAUUCUUACUGCAGCACACUGUGCGGCAAACGAUGAAGAUGUACCACCAGAUGUAGCACGAAUGGGAGACCUCAACAUCUACAGCGAUGAUGACGAUGAGUUUCCACAGCAGUUGCGCAUUGUGAAAGUCAUACGCCACCAACAGCAUCGGUUUAGUGCGAAGUAUUACGAUGUGGCACUAAUGCAGCUGGAAAAAAAUAUCACGGUACACGAAACGGUGGCCCCUGCCUGUCUCUGGUUAGAUGAUGAAGUGCGCUUUCCGAAGCUAUAUGCCGCUGGUUGGGGUAGAACAGGUUUUGGUGAGGAUAAAACAAACAUUUUGCUGAAGGUCGAUCUUACCCCGAUGAACAAUACGCAGUGCUCAAAGUUCUACACCUCCUCCGAGCGUGGCUUAAGAAACGGGCUGCACGCACAUCACCUUUGUGCGGGCGAUGAGAAAAUGGAUACAUGCCCGGGUGACUCCGGUGGACCGCUGCACGUGAAACUAUUGCACAACGCCAAAAUGACGCCCUUCCUGGUGGGUGUUACAUCGUUUGGUAAACCGUGUGGACAAGCAAAUCCGGGCGUAUAUGCUCGGGUAUCCAGCUUUGUCGAGUGGAUCAUUGAGACGCUCCAGAAGGAAGGAGAGCUAGCAACGGUGCACAAAUUUCAACCAUGGACCUGCGCCUUACGCUAUGUACAUGUGCGCGAGUAUGAGGACGAUGUGGUGGUCUCGAGAAGCAAUAACUUUGAAACCUACGAUUCAGACAAAGCUCAUUUAGUAGGAGGCGAUAGUCUACAGCGGGUCGACAUUUUUUGGGAAAAUUCGAUUGUUCCCUCUCGGCGCAACUGCUCCGGUGUCCUCAUAGAGCGAGAUGCCAUUGCAACAUUAGCAGAUUGUGCAUCACAUAUGGGUUCAACACCGUCCAGAGUGCGGCUAAGCAAUGGCAAUUUCAUCAACGUAUCGGAAACCAUCGUUCAUCCAAAGUACUACCCUGCGACAGGACCUUACUACAACAAUAUUGCUAUUUUGAAGCUACCGUUUCCAGUAUCAAUUAUUCCCGCAUGUGUAUGGUACAAUGACAUCAUUCCCGAUCCGCAGUUUGAGGUCAUCGGUAAAGGUCGUGCUGAUUUGGUAGGCUAUAAUCGAGACGAACGAGUUACGACCCUAAAUCCUACCAUCAUUGGAAUUUCACCACGGGCAACACUGCACUCCAACAACGAAUGCCGGCUGGCCGAACAGUACCGAACGUUACUCAAAAACGGGCUACAACAUGAACACAUUUGCUUCCAAAAUAAGCCAUUUUUAGUACCAGCCACAUGUGACCAGCACCUUGGUGGUCCUAUCGAGAGAGAAAUGUGGCGCUAUUCGAAGUACUUCAAUUACGCUUACGGAAUGAAUCUGUUCGGUCGUGAUUGUGGCUUCGGAGAGCCAGCAGUAGCUGUACGGUUUAAUGCACACAGGCCGUGGAUUGAGUCUGUAUUGCUACCGGAAAUUGCUAACAACAGAAAAUCCUCCACUGCAGGAUCGAAGGACGAGGUGAUCUUCAUCGAUCCCGACCUUCGUUUGAACGAUCGUUGUAGCUACAGUGGAGGCGUGCAGGGUGUUUGUGUAGCCCAUGAUAGAUGUCCCAGUAUACGGCAGCGAAUGUCAAACGGCGAUUCUAUAAUUAUAUGCUCCGGUGGGUCCGUGGUAUGUUGCCCUCGUACAGAUGUAACAAGUAAUCCGAGUGAGAUUGAGAGAGAAUUUAACGAGUGCGGUCAGCGGUACGCACAGCUACGCAAGCAGCGCCAGCAACAAUGGGAGGGUUUUCAACCAUUGAGAUUAAGGUUGCCUCAUUUUGCUGAGGUAGGAUGGGAAGAGGGAUCGGAAAUACGGUUCCAGUGCAUUGCAUAUCUCAUCAGUACUCGUGCUGUCGUAACGUCUGCGUCCUGUUUGGUUUCGAAAGAAUUCGAACCGACCGUUGUGCGCCUGGGAAAUAUCCGAUCUGGACCGCAGACCACGAAUAUAGCGAUCAUACCUAUCAGCACAGUGGAAAUUCAUCCGGAGUUCAAUCAAAGUACGUUUGAGAAUAAUAUUGCCCUAUUAAAGCUUACUUUGCCAGUGCAGCCUACAGUGUACAUGUUCCCGGGAUGUUUAUGGCAAAAUAAAACUCAUUCUCCGGUCGAGUCGGCAAUAUUUCGAGGUGGAAAUGGUUUCGACCCCAUACAUCCAAUGUACGUGAGGGAUUGUAAUGUACGCUUUGCCAGAACAUUCUCGGAUCCGCGGAUUACGUGUAUGGUUCCGGGCGUUUACGGAACAGGGGAACACUGUUACCCAACGGGAAGUCCAAUUAUUUUCAGACAAAAUGAGGACACCAAUCUCUUUACUGAGUAUCUGGUGAACAUCUAUAGCCAUGGACGUUGCAAUUCAACCUCUCUGCGCAUUGUACACCGCAUUGCGAUGUACAUUGAUUGGUUUAAGGAAGUUCUGAAGUAAGGGUCAAAUCAUGCAUAAUUUAAUAAACUGCACUCAUAGAUGAAAUCUAAUAAGUGCAGAUUAUUAUGAAAUCUAAUUUGUAGAUUAAUUAUGAAAACUGAAUAAGAGAUUUAAUACAAAGCUUUUUACUUAAAACAAUGUUCCGAGCACCGAGACAGUUUCUUUCAUUAUAAAUAAUCAAAUCUACAAAAGGUGAUUCAUGAUUUCAUUAUUUUCAAUUGCAUAGGAUGAUUCCAACAACCUUUCAACAUUAUUAAUCAGCGUAAGUAGAAAGAUGUAAAAAGAGUAAUAAAAGACAGGAAAUAUUGCAUAAAACUGUA